GCGCGCCGAGCCGGCGACGGCGGGCGGGCCCUGACGCGCCGCGGCGCGCGCUCUCUCCGGCUGCCGAGCAAGGGCCGCGGGCCCCGCCGCCGCCCGAUGGCGGGGCUGCGGGACUGCCUGCCCCGCCUGAUGGUCGCGAUCCGGUCCCUGCUCUUCUGGUCCCUGGUCUACUGCUACUGCGGGCUCUGCGCCGCCGUCCACCUGCUCAAACUUUUGUGGAGCAUCGGCACGGGACCUGCGCAGACCUUCCGGCGGGUCGCCCGUGAGCACCCUCCCGCGUGUUUGAACGACCCCUCUUUGGGAACCCACUGCUACGUGCGGAUCAAGGAUUCAGGAUUGCGAUUUCACUAUGUAGCUGCUGGAGAAAGAGGCAAGCCCCUGAUGCUGCUGCUUCAUGGAUUUCCAGAAUUCUGGUAUUCUUGGCGUCACCAGUUGAGGGAAUUUAAAAGUGAAUAUCGAGUUGUGGCUUUGGACUUGCGAGGCUACGGAGAGACAGAUGCUCCUAGCCAUCAAGAGAGUUAUAAAUUAGACUGUCUCAUUACUGACAUAAAGGAUAUUUUAGAUUCCUUAGGGUAUAGCAAAUGUGUUCUAAUUGGCCAUGACUGGGGGGGCAUGGUUGCCUGGUUAAUUGCCAUCUGUUAUCCUGACAUGGUGUUGAAGCUUAUUGUUAUUAACUUUCCUCAUCCAAAUGUAUUUACAGAAUAUAUUUUGCGACACCCUGUCCAGAUGUUCAAAUCCAGCUAUUACUACUUCUUUCAAACACCACGGUUCCCAGAAUUUAUGUUCUCAAUAAAUGACUUCAAGGCCUUGAAACACCUGUUUACCAGUCAUAGCACUGGCAUUGCAAGAAGAGGAUGUCGACUGACAACAGAAGAUCUUGAAGCUUAUCUUUAUGUCUUUUCUCAGCCCGGAGCAUUAAGUGGUCCAAUUAAUCAUUACCGGAAUAUCUUCAGCUGCCUGCCUCUUAAACAUCACAUGGUGACCACUCCAACACUAUUACUGUGGGGCGAGAAAGACGCAUUUAUGGAUGUUGAAAUGGCUGAAGUCACAAAGAUCUACGUGAAAAACUAUUUCAGACUAACCAUUUUGUCAGAAGCCAGUCACUGGCUGCAGCAAGACCAACCGGACAUAGUGAACAAAUUGAUAUGGACAUUUCUGAAAGAAGAAACAAGAAAAAAGGACUGACUUGCCUUUAUCUUCUCUGAGGGAUCUGUAAGAAAAUCUCUAUGUAAAUUUAAAAAAAUUUGUUCACCAACUUCUUUUUGUUUUGUUAGGGAAAAUCUGUUUCAAUAUCAUGAAUAAAUGAAAAACCUGAGAAUGUGUGAACCUGUAACAUAAUGUCGAUUUUCAUCUGUUGUAAUUUGCACAGAGGAGUCUGCCUUAAAAUGUAUGCACUUGUAUAGAAAGG